CCCCGACAGGCAGGGAGUGCCAAUGCCAUGAGGGACACGGCCGGUGAUUGUUCGCCCAACAUGGCGGGUGUGAGUUCGAAUGGCGCGGGCGAAGGGUUGACGGCGGGCUUGGAUGGGGAGAACUCCGACUGCGAUGGUGAUGACGGACCGGCAGCCGAUUCAUUGACGAACCCGGGUGGAGGUGCGCAUGGUCGGACCGCCGCGAGAUCUGCAUGUGGUACCCGGAAGAAGGGGGGGAAGUCUACAACCCAACCCAAGAAGAACAACCUAUGGACUCUGGAAGAGCGAAUAGCCCUGGCGAGGAUCAGCGGCGAGGAUGACGCCCUCAUGGCCGAUGCGGAGGGCGCUCACCAGAACAUGACAAGGACAAGGAGAUAUGAGUGGAUUGCAGACCGCCUGACGGACCUGGGUUAUUCGAGGACAGGGGAGGAUUGUAGGAAGAAGUGGGAAGAGUUCCAGAAGAAGCCGUCGUGGGACGCUAUGGAGUGGUACCGAAAGAAGGCUUCCUUCAAUUUCGACAAUACGAUGGCGUCGGAGGACUUGAGGGGGAUUGGAUCGAGAGGAUCAGAGAGCGAGGCAGGUUCCGAAGGUUGGGGGACAGAACCCACCGGGAGUGCAGCGAAGACAAGGCGGACCGCAACUGGAAAAGUACAGGGAGGUGAGUCAUCGUCCUACAUGUUCGGCAUGGCUUUGGUGAUGGAGGAAUCCACGCGGUCUCUCUGCGAGGACCUGGACAAGGCUGCGGGGAACAUGGCACGUGCCACGACAGAAGGUGCUGCGCUCAUGGCAGCGAAGAUGGGAGAUAUGGCGACAGAGAUCGGUGCUGUGGUGGGGGUGAUGCGGCAAGGGAAUCGUGUGUUGGAGAUGCUGGUUGGGGUGAUGGCAGGUAGAGGGGCAGGGACUGGGCGGGUGGCCGGCGACAGUCAGGACACAGACCCGUCGACGAAGUAGGGCAUUGCGGGUCGUCGAUUUCCAACCCGU